AUGGUAAUUGGACAAAACAACAUUUGGGCGAUUGUGGCCUCCAGUCACAAGCACUCACCCAAAGCGGAGCUGGAUUGGAGCGAAAUCGAAGGAUUAUUUUGCCAGCAGGUUCAGCCCACUGGCUCAGCUGGAUCAUCUCCGAGAUUAGGCCGCAGUCCCAUUUGCGACAGCUCCGGUGAAAGAAAGCCUAGAAAAGAGGCUUCUGAAAUAACACUCCUGGAUGGCAAGAGGAGCUUAAACGUCAAUAUAUUCUUAAAACAGUUCCGAAGUUCAAACGAAGAUAUAAUCCAACUUAUUCGAGAGGGUUCGCACGACGACAUUGGCACUGAAAAAUUGCGAGGUCUCCUGAAAAUCCUACCAGAAAUAGAUGAAUGCGAGAUGCUCAAAGCAUUUACAGGAGAUGUUACGAAGUUAGGAAACGCCGAGAAAUUCCUUCUACAAUUAAUACAGUUACCGAAUUACAAGCUGCGCAUAGAGUGCAUGCUCUUAAAAGAAGAGUGGCCUUCUACCGCAGGUUAUUUGGAGAGUGCCAUAAAUGCUAUUCUAGUCGCUGGAGACGAUUUGAUGUCUUCAAGAGCUAUACAGGAGAUCCUGUACCUGGCGCUGAUCGCGGGCAACUUCCUGAACGCGGGCGGGUACGCGGGCGGUGCGGCGGGCGUGCGCCUGGGCUCACUGCAGAAGCUGCCCGACAUCCGCGCCAACCGGCCCGGGAUGAACCUCAUGCACUACCUCGCCAUGCAAGCAGAACGAAAAAACAAGGAGCUAGUCCACUUCGCGGAUGACAUUCGUGUGUUAGAAGAAGCAGCCAAAGCCAGCGUGGAACAGCUACACAACGAGAUAAAGACUUUGGAAUUGAGGAUCAAAACGCUCAAAAGAGAUAUCCAGCUGCCAACCACUCAACAAGAUAUAAAAGACCAGAUGGGCGAUUUCUUACAGGAUGCAGAAAGAGAAGUAUCUGCAUUGAACAAAGACAUGGAGGAAGUGGAGAGCAUGAGGAAACAACUGGCAGAGUUCUUCUGUGAAGAUCCAGUUGUAUUUAAACUCGAGGAUUGCUUUAAAACGUUCGUGUCGUUCUGCAGCAAGUUCCGCGCUGCGGUCGCGGACAACGAGCGGCGGCGCGCGCACGACGAGCAGGCGGCAGCGCGGCGCCGUGCGCGGGACGCGGCGCGCGAUGCUGCACGGACACGAGCAGCUGGCAGUAUGUGUAGCACACCGGUGUCAGAGUGCGAGUCGCUGAUGGAGUCCUUGCUUCUAGACAUCAGGAACGGGCUUGGUAGAAGAUCGCUAAGGAAGCCUUCGCACGAUCCAUCACCAUCUCCUGACGUCACGCCGACGGGCAGUCUGCGACGGCGCAGUCGUGCCAGCCCAGAUGACGAGGAUGGGCUGCUGGAGUUCCUGCGCCACGCCUCGCCCGCCGCCGCGGAUCUCCGCGAGCGCAGCGCCUGGGGCAGUCUCGACCGGUCGUGGUCACGGCGCGGGCCCGUGCGCGCGCGCCUCGACAUCCCGGAGGCGGGACGCGAGCGCGCGCCCUCCCCUGCGUCCCCCGCGCCGCCCGCCUCCCCCGCACCCUCAGCGCCGCCCGACGCAAUACACGCUGCGCCCGCCACCGCACCCGCUAAACCCAAAGAAUGGAGACAGAAAAUCGAGUCAUGGCUACGAGCGAACAGUCAGGAAGAAAAGCGAGACGCAGAGCUUCGCGAGCGUGCGAGGCGGCUACAGGCGAACAGGCGAUCCUUGGAAAACGACUCCGAGAGCGAACGCAGCACGACACUGGAGCCGCUGGCGGAAGGCACGGGGGAGGGUGGGGCGGACGCGCGUGCAGAGUGGCGGCCCGCCGUGCUGCCCGACAGCGACGUCGUGCGUGCGCUCGAGGCCGUCGAGGAUGUGCAACCACCGAAAAAGGACAACAGACUGCCGUGGAGGAAAACAGAAGAAAAUGAGGAGAUAAGAAGGCUACGCAGGCAGAGAUCUCGGCAGCAAAUAGAGGCACCAAAGCCUCUAGUGCCUAUCACCGAAGAAGAACGACGAAAAUUACCUGACAUCAAAGUUACCAGUGAGAAAGAGACAAGAAUGGAACGCACAGAUCGAAUUGAAAUUGAUUCCGACAACAUCGAAACUCCACCAGCUCAACGUAAACUCAUCAAUCCACCCCCAGAUAAGGAACCUUGUCGAAAAUUCCAACCAUCAACACCUACCAAACCAACUCUGAGCGAUAAAGCUUCCGCGGAAAUGAGAGACCUAUGUCAGGAGAUUUUGGGUGACGGACAAUUUGAUAGAUUCUCAGCAGCGAGAAGAACGAGACGCUACAAGAGAAAUACAGAGUCCAGUUCCCAAGAAGAGGAAAAGAAAGUUGAAAAUCCGACGGAAUUAGUUGCGGAAACGCAAGUUAUUCGCCCGUCAAUGUUAGAAGUUCAAGCGUCAUAUGUCGAUUCUUCAAAGGAGGUAGCAAAGCCAAUUGAAGAAGUCGUUAAAGACGAAAAAGAGAACAGACUGAAACGUUGGCAGGACAGAUUGAAAAGCCAAAGCACAGAAAAAACGCCGACCAAAGAAACAAAGUCCCUGCCAUACUCGCGAAUGAGAAGACAAACGUCCAUUAAUCAGGAAGACGUGCAAAAGGCGAUAAGGGAGCUUAAAUCGCCAACAGAGACCCCGACUGGUGUGUGGUCAAGAAAUACGUAUAGAAAUUCUAUGAAUGCUAAAUUGGAAAAGGCCCCUGUAUCAACACCGACGGAAAGGACCUCCUCUCCGCGAAUCCCAAAGGUCAAGAGUGAACACGAACUGAAUGAUGAAGGUUUCGAAGAAACGCAGAGUCUAAACUCUGAGAGUGCGUCGCAAGGUGCCUCAUCGGGCUGUAAUAUUGACUGUGAAUCUCCAAUACCGAAAACAGAAAAAGCACUUGCAGCUGCAAAGAAAGUUCCUACCAAAGAGACCAAACCACCCCCGCGAACUCCACUGGACCCUAAACGAAGCUUUGCGAAAAGGGCUAGCUCGUUAAGGGUAGAAAGGUCUACUUCCCGCACAUCCCUGCGGAGUUCUAGGAGUUCACUAAACAGUUCAGCGUCAGUUGCAACAGUGAAGAGAGCUCCUGCAGCUCCCGUGAGGGUCGCGCCCAAACCUGUUCCAAAGCCAGCGCCACGUAUGCCAGCAUCCCGUUCCUCAUCUAGCGGCAGUUCUGUUGGCGCGUCGAGGCCUCCAGUGAAAACCGUGCCGAGAACAUCGGGCUUUAUGAGACCUACCCAGGCCUCGAAAGGGAGAGGCACACUGGGUGUUACUCCCCAAUCCAGUGUAAGAGCCAGUGUCAAGUGA